AUGCCAAGUGGACAGGAAAAGUUCGUCUGCAUUGGAGACCUUGAAGGAUGGGGAUACUCUAAUAGUGACAUUCGUGGAUACCUUGCAGCUCUAUCAAUUUUGCAGGAUUGUUACCCGGAGAGGCUAGGCAAAUUAUUCAUAGUCCAUGUGCCUUACAUAUUUAUGACAGCAUGGAAGGCUGUUUACCCAUUUAUUGACAGCAAAACCAAAAAAAAGAUAAUUUUUGUGGAGGACAAAAAACUCAGAUCUACUUUGCUGGAUGACAUUGAUGAGAGCCAACUUCCAGAUGUAUAUGGAGGCAAACUACAAUUAGUUCCUAUUCAAGACUGCUGAGUAGCCAGACCAAUACACAGUCCAAAGCCUUUUUCUUACCUUUCUGCCAAUAGUUUAGCAGAUAUCACACAUAUUAAGGCUGCACUGGUUCCAUCAUUUGUCUACACUCUUGGCAAUCCAUUGACUGCUCACAGGGCAUUUACCUUCCACAUAUCCAUUGUAUUUGUUUUUCUUUUGCACUUGUUUGCUCGUUAUCUUUAACGGCUGCUACUAAAAAUGACCAGUGUAUCAGUAUGAGCGUCUGUUGAUGCCCCGACAAUCCGAUUCGGACCAGAAGAAAAGGAUCGAGUAAUGGCUGCUCCCCACACCCACGUCCAAAGAUAUUUCGCUUGUAUAUGCUUCGGCUUGAAUCCCAGUAUAAAUAAUGCCAAUUGAUUGCAUUCCCCCUGCUUUGAUCGGAAAAUGUUAACAAAUAUUUCUUCAAUAAUCAUGUUGCAGCUAUUUAAUUCAAAAUUCUAAGUGAAAUUUUGAUGCGUUACGGACAAAAUCAAAUCAUG